AUGACUGUGGUGCCGGAGUCCAGCAGACAGGAACACAACAAUAGAAAAAUAUCCGAUAUAGACGAUGACAUCCGUCGUCCUCCCAUUCGUCGAGCGGAAUCGCCUGGCGGCGGAAUCAAAUCUCCAGAGAACGAAUAUGAUGCCCGGCGACUAACUCCGGCCAACCAGACGCCGUCAAAUAUUCCGGUCGAAAGCUCUGAUGGCAGCGCAAUAUUGGGAACCCGACUUGUCGACCCCGACGAUCGGCUUCUGCCGCAACAGCAACAAGUGGUUAACGAUCACAAAAAAUCACCGGCGCAGUCUGAAAUGAAUGAUAUCGAUACAGAACUCGUCAAACCAGCAAAUGUUAAGCUACAGUGUUCUACUGCAGGCGCAGAGGUUCAACCGCAAAACGAUAAAAAACCUGUGGCUGAAGUAAAACCUACGAAGUCUGCCGUGCAACCACCAGCGCCACUCGCAGCACCAACGGUCGAAAGGAGAAGGUCCAUCGGAACGAACCUGAAAAAACGACCUAGUGAGAUGGGACCAAAUCUCACUCCGUUCAACGAACCUCAAAGAGCUCUACAUUUGGUUUCUACUCAGAUCAAUAGUCCGGAAUGGGAAGCGGCCGUCACGGGUCUACAGAAUGUUUCACGACUGGCCAUGUUCCACAGUAAAGAACUGCGUCCGGGUUCAUUGCAGCCAUUCGCUCGAAAUGUGGCUAAACAUAUUAAAUGUCUCCGAUCUCAGGUGGCGCGAGCCGCGUGUACGGCUGCACAGAAAAUGUUUGCCUACGUACCGAAAUCAAUGGAACCGGACGUUGAAGAAAUCGCAUCGGCACUGUUUCCGCGUACAGCGGAUACCAAUAAAUUUCUUCGGGUGCAGAGUGCUGAAGCUUUGAACGCAAUGGUCGACAACGUAAAUCCAGUAAAAUGCGUGCAUGUGAUCACAGCUAAAGGGAUAAAACAUGGAAAUCGCAUGGUUCGUGCUGAAGCGUGCCGUCUCUUAGCCAGAAUGGUCGAUAAACUCGGAGUCAGUGGAACUCUCCAUUUACCAACGGAUGCUAGAGAUGCAGUGAUAACUGCUGCCACUAGCAUGGUAUUCGACAAUACGCCUACUUCUCGUCAAGCCGCUCAACAUAUAUUAACCAGAUUGAGCGAAGAUCCGAGAGGUGCAGCAUUAAUAUCAUCAGCAGCUUCACCAAAUGUAAAAGCUACAUUAAAUAAAUCGUUGUCAAGAAUAUUUCUUAAGUGA